AUGAUUGUCGAGAAUCAGUUAGGGUAUGUAAGAUUCCAAACUCUUAUAAGGCGUUUACUUUUCAUUAUUGGGUUUUGGAAUACGAAAAAUUCGAGUCCAUUAUUCCGAUCAUUACUACUUGUACACCUUUCUUUCUUUAUACUGCCACUUAUUGGUGUCGUUAAUUUCUUCAAAACUCAUAUUUCAAAUAUCUUUCUUGCUACCAAAGGUUUAAGUGUUCUUGUGGGAUAUUCAACAGUUAUUAUGAAAAUGAUAUGUUUCAUGGUGAAUCGUAAAGAUUUAAAUGAGCUACAUGCGACUCUCGAGCCUUAUAUCGAUGGAUUAGGUGAGAAAUCGGGAGUAUCAAAAGACCUUUUUAAAGGAGUUUCAAUUUUUCGAGGACUAUGUGCAGGAUUGACGGGUUGUGUAACAGCAUCAUCUACUAUGUAUGCGAUAAUACCUAUUCUGACUAUAAUCAGUCAAUACAGACACCAAAUAAGACCUUUAAAAUUUCUUCAUCUCUAUCCUGUGAUUUAUCCUUGGGAACGAUCUCCGAGUGGUCUUACAUUCUAUUGUCAAAUUUUAAAUGAAUAUCUUACAACAUUUAGUAUUAUUACUGUAACAGCUAGUGUAGAUUGUCUUUUCGUUUAUUAUAUAUUUCAAAUGGUCGGUAUGAUACGUGAUAUUUCAUAUAAUAUAUCAUCUUUGACUGAUGAAAAUUGUGAAGCAACUGUUCGACAAUGUGUACGCCAAUAUGAAGUAUUGCUUGAGUGCCGAAAAAAAGUCGAUAAGGUUUUUGGUCCAAUAAUACUCUGGUCUAUGGGAACCAACGCAAUUGUACUGUGUGGACUUAUUUUUCAACUGUCUCAUGCUAAAACUAUACCAUUCCUUACAAUGGUAUUAUGUGCGGCGUAUGUUAGUUCCAAAGUAACCCAAAUUUUUAUGUUCGCAUGGGCAGCAUCAAAAUUUACUACUGAGAGUAAUAAAUUAAUAGACACUAUUUAUGCUGCGAAUUGGGUUGGAAAUAAACGUGUUUCGACUUCAAUAAUAAUUAUGCUUUCCCAAAGACCACUGGUUGUUACAGCAUGCAGCUAUUCAACUAUAUCAAUCGAAAUGUUUUCAGCAGUUAUGAAUACGACAAUAUCAUAUUUUCUAUUAUUGAAAAAUUUUGAUCCUGAUGCAUAA